AUGUUGGUGGGCGGCGUGCAACAGUAUGUCAAGAUCGACGGUGGCGCGCGCUACUUCGUGGCGGGCACGAAAUGGAUGGCACGCGGUGAACGGAAGCAGGUGGACGCCCCUGUGAUGUACGUGGAGGGUAUCGGCGGUUUUUUGCUGGACGUGUUGGGCGUGUGGACGUUCAGCAUGGCGAACGUGUACGAGCAGAUGGAGUGGCUGGUGACUAUCGACGCAUGCAUCGUCGAGGGGUGCACCAGCGAAUUCCUCGUGGGCGUGGACUUCCUCGAGGGUCAUCGGGCGACAAUGGACUUCGACUGUGGCGAAGUGCGCUACGAUGAGCGCGGCGGCAUGGCGGUCAUUCCGUUCAUGACGACGGCGGAAACGAGUGACUCGGCGACGGCAGCUGUGAGGCUGGCCCGUGCCACGAACCUACACCGACGUGCCGUGCAGACAGUGGAGGUAGCGAUUGCAGCACCGGUUGGCGAGGAAGGAGUGUUCCUGCCGACAGUGAACAACGGAGCGGUGCUGCUCGCG